AUGAAAGAAGAAAAUAAAAUUAAAAAUCAAUUUAAAAAAAUUAGAAAUCAACAAAAUAAAUUAAUAAAAUAUCAUAAACUUAAUUCAAUUAAAGAACAUAUUCAAAUUAUGGAAAAAAUAUUAUUAUUUUUAAAAAAUAGAAAUAUUAUUUAUAAAACUGUUAUUAAAACCAUUAGAACAUCAAUAGAAUCAAUAAAAGCUUGUAUACAAAUAUUAAAGGAAAAUAAAAUAGGAAAUCAAAAAGAAGAAUUGAUUCAAUAUCAUAAAAUUAAAUCAAUUAAAGAACAUAUUAAAAUUAUUAAAUCAAAAUUAUUAUUUUUGAAAAAUGGAAAUACAGAUGAAACUAGUAAUUUGGCAAUUUCAGAAUCAAUAGAAUCAAUAAAAUCAACAAAAAAAUGUAUAAAAAUUUUAGAAGAAUUAUUAAUUUUCCAUAAUUUAUAA